AUGCCCUUCUCUGCGGCCAGAGGAGGGGUGGGGAGUGCGGGCGAGGGCGGAGGGAAACUCCGCUGGGGGCGGAGAGAGCGGUCCCGUAUAAUCCGCCAUCGGCCGCGGAGCUAUGCCCGGGCCGGUGCAGAGCGCCCCCAGCAGGCAGGCGGGCGGGCGGUGCGAGGCGUUCGGAGCGGCCGCAGGCAGGGCUGGGGUGCCGGGGCUGCCGGCCCCUUCGCCCCCUCCGCCCCCUCCGCGCUCCCGCCGCCCUCCCGCCCUCCGUCCGCGCAUCGCGCACCUGCGGCCGCUGCGCUGCGGGGCGCCGUGAGGCGCAGUGACCUUGGGAGGAGCCGGCGGCCGGGCCGAGCAGCGCGCCGGGAGCCGGUGCGGGGCGGGCGGCAGAUGCGACAGUGCGGUGUGAGAGAAGGAGCGGCUGUGCGUCCGUGUGUCCCUCGGACAGGAGGGAUCGGACCUUGGCAGCGCUUCCAGCGGCGGCUCCGUUCCGUUCCGCGCCGCUUCCCUCGGCCCGGCGCUGCGGUGGGGGGGCUGGCCCCGAGGGGCAGCUCCUGCCCGAGUGAGCUUGCAGAUGGUCCUGUUGGAAGGCUGUGUCUGUCUUUUUCUGCUCUGAGCAGUUUUCGAGUCACAGAACAACACAGCUGUCAUCGCUUGGACCAGGCACAUCAGCCGCGGGCGGCCUCAACUCACCUGUGUCCUGAAGCACCUCGGGAAAGCCAUCACCCUCACUGGCCUGAUAGAUACCGGAGCAGACAUCACUUUGAUAUCGAAACGGCCACAGGACUGGACCAUCGUGCCGACGCUGGAUCAGCUGGCAGUUAUUGGUGGUCACUGUGAGAGCUUUCGAAGCUUACACUCAGUCACCUUUGAGGGACCUGAAGGUCGUGUUGCCACCACAAGACCAUUCAUUGUAGGCCCUGAUAUAGUUCUCUGGGGACGAGAUCUUCUCUCACAAUGGGGGUUGAGGUUAGAAACUGGAUUUUAACAAAAGCUGUUGAUGGACAAAACACUUUAAAAUUGACAUGGACAUCUAAUACACCCAUCUGGGUC